AUGUUUUCCUACUGUAUUUUGGUCUUGUUGAUGGUCACAUCUGGUACCGCCAAGAAGGGACCAGCUGAUACGCCUAUUGACAUCAGUAAAGAGCACACGCCUGAGGCACAAUGUCACUUCUCAGUUCACGAAAAAGCACACGAUGGGCCUGAAGUGACCGGUAGGUUUUGUUACUGUACAUACGAAGUUAUAUUGUUGUGUUACUAUAUUACAAAUUACAAUAGGUUGGGUAGUACAGUAAUUUUAUGUUGUACACUGUAGUUCCAAGUGGUUUGCAAAUUACUUUUGUACUUUUAAAAUCGCUUAAACUUGUGAUUUCUAAUCAGCUAAUUGGCAUUGUGACUUGUGUCUGCAGCUACCUUUAGUUUAAACCUUGGGUCAGUUACUAUUAACAAACAAGUGUAUUUUAAGGUAUUUUGAUGGAAAACAUUGCGUAACCACUAGAUUUUACAAUAACAGUUGACUAACACACUAUUACGACUUGUUUACGAGUAAAAUGAAACUUUAGGCACCAACCUUCACCAAGAACUGUUCUAUAAGAUACAAUGUAAAUCAGAGAAGGGCUACUGCCUGUUCGUGUCUAACUGCACAGUAAGUGCUGGUAACGAACAGCCAUACGAAAUCAUUGACAACAAAGGAUGUACAACAGAGCCGAGUCUUUUCGAACAUGUAAAGGUGAGAUUAAUUCAGCUAUUCAUGCAGAUUACUGUAGCUAUUGAUACAUAACAAUCAAAAUUUUAAAAAUUUUUUAGCUUUACAAACAUCUUAUAUUCUUUUUAAAAGCUAUCAUUAAGUAAACUUUAAAGACUACAAUACCUAAAAGUAGGAUCUCAUACCAAAAGUUAACCUUAUUUUUACAGUAUCUGGACGACUUUACUGCGGGCAUCUACAACCCCUUCCCUAUCAGAUUCAGAAACCAGAAUUCAGCCGUUAGAUUCCAAUGUUCGACGAGGCUACAGCUACGAGAGACCGAAGGAUAUUGUGAACGACCAGCUUGUACAGCAAACGACUACAGUGAAGCUGCUAACUUCCACAAACAUGACUGA